UACUACAGAAGCAGCUACUAAGACCUGCUGCACAUCGUGCACAACCAUGAAAAGUGAACUUGCCGCUAUAUGUUCUCACUUGCAGCAACACAUGAACAGUCAAGAUAUCAAAGCAAGAUCUUGAUCUGAUUUUUAAUUAAAUAUCAAAUGUGUACUAUCAACUAAAAUUCCACUUUUAGGUCACAGAAACACUAGAAAUGAUGAAGACUAUUGUGGAUAAGCAAGAAAGAAUUAUGGAUGUACUGCUUGAUAUGGAACUUCAAGCUACGCCCCAGCAAAAUCUCAUCACAGACACUGAAGAAGCAAUGAGGAGUGCCAUAUCUGAAGACAGCUGCUCAACCUCCGAUGAGAUCAGCAGCAACAACUCCAGCUUUCUGGAGGUUGAUUCAGAGAACAGUGAGAGUACAUGUACAAACGUCGACGUCAUGAUCCAGCCGCACCCAAAUGACACGGAAGCUUCUGUUCUUCAGCCAAUAACAACUACAACAAAACUUUCACUCCCACGUCACCUGCAGUUCGAUCCAUUGAAUCUACCAAAAGUGCAGCACGACCACAGUAGUGAGUACAUACACAUCGGUGAUUGCUUUAAGAUCCUGUAUAUGAAGGCAAUGGUAGCAAGAAACAAGCCAAAUCCCAUAAAGACGGCAAGAGCUCUCGUCCCUCUAUUCUUUUCUGCAGAAGAGUUGAUGAAGUGUAGUGUUUUGUACACAAAGAACGGACGGGAGCAAAAGAACAUCGUGUCCACGUCCAGUCUAGCAGCACUACUUGCGCUGGUUCGAUUCUUCUACCCUGGGGAGGACGCCUUCAACGAGGUCGAGCUUUGGAGAGCUGUGAACAAAGCGUUCAUAGACUUUAGAAACAAGCACAAGCGUACAUAGAUCAGAGAGUUACUUUACUAGCUAGGAUACCAAUAGAUGUUGAAUAAAUAACUGU